GCAGUGGCGUGGGGGGGGGUGGUCUGGCCGUAGGGCUGCAGGUCUGAUCUACGGCUCACAGAUCUAUGAUCUCAUCACUCACUUUCUCUGCAGUUUAUGCAAACUGCUCAGAGUACAGUACAUGUGCGCAGCGCUUCUCCUCCUGAGCCCAACGCCGAAGAGUCACGAUGGGGAAAAUUAACGGAUGCCUGAAAUGCCUUUUUAUCUUCUUCAAUGUGCUGUUUGCGAUCAUCGGGUGUGUGCUGAUGUAUUUGGCGGUGAAAGCCACAGCCAUUGCAGCCCAGCUGGCAGUGUUCGGGGGCCCGGGGGUGGGCUGGCUCUGGGUCAUCGCCAUCGGCGUCCUGGGCAUCUCCACCUUCGGGAUCUACGCCGCCUGCUCAGAGAACAGCCUCGCCCUCAAAAUAUUUGCAGGUUUCAUGGGGGCUGGGAUGCUCAUCAUGCUCAUCUUUGGGAUUGCUGUGGCUGUCAUAAGAAACAAAGUAGUGGACGGUUUAACAGGUGUUGCCAAUGAGUACAUCGAGGCAUUCAUGAAAGAGCAGGAGUUUAGGGACAUGCUCAGCAACCUCCAAGAGAGCCUGCACUGCUGUGGACUCCUGAGUGCCAAAGACUGGGGGUCAACCAUCCCGGACUCCUGCUCAUGCCCCGGUAGAUCCUACCAGAGCUCGUGCACGUCCCGGCCUCAGGGAACUUCAGGGCCAACUGAGAUCUAUAAACAGUCCUGCGGCGGGUUUAUCCUGACCACCGUGGACCUGGUCUUCCAGAUCAUGAUGGGCAUCCUCUUUGGAUUUGCUGUGACUGCUCUGCUGGGCCUCCUGAUCUCCAUCUACAUGGUGUACCAGAUCAGACGCCACGACGGGGCGGGAGGGGCCUCCAUCGCCAUGAGAGGCUACUGAGCGGCCGCCGCCGGCCACAGGAGGACUGACCGGCCAACACACAACACAGGGUGAUGCUUUAUCUCUGCACUCUGAGAGAGAAGGAAGGAAGGGGACGAGAGGAGGAAAGGCAUGAUGGGAGGAGGGUCCUUUAAAAAGGAGAAGCUAUGCCUCAAUUUUUUUAGCUUUGUUAUUUUGCUAUAUUUUUUUUAAAAUUGUCAUUUAUUUUGAUUUUCUGAUGGAUGCAGUAUCUCUGAUUUUGUCGAAAAGACAUUGAACAAUGUGAUAAAUUAAGAUUCUGUGUUAUUGCCACUUAAAGAGCUCCUGCAUGUAUGUCAGAAAAGUGUUUGAUGCAGAUCUUUGAAAAUGUUCAAUGCUCAUAUGCCAAAGCCGUAUAUUCCCUGCUAUAUAGUUUUCUAUUCUAUAUUUUUGUAUCUAGCUAAAUGCAGACUUUGUAAAAAGUUCUGUAAUAACAAUAAUGACAUUAUUUGUGAAUUUAUGCUAUUUUUUAUACAAAUCCCAAUAUUUUGUUCGUUUGUUAAACAUUGAUGCAGCCAUGAAAAUUGAUUUAGUAUGAAGUAAUUCAUAUAUAGUGUGACUUAGGAUAAAGCUAAGAGACAGUAACUAUGGUCACAUCUUCUACUGAUCAUUAAAAUAAACAGCAGGACAGUCCCAUUCUGAAACAUGCUCUCAUAUUCUUCCCGAAUAAACUCUUCAGAAUUAAACCCAUUUCCACCCACCUGUCUUGUUCUGUCGUGUUCUGGGCUUCCCGGUA